CAAAGAAUGCCUUUGAAAAAGAUUUCUGGAAAUUAAUAAAUAACUCAAUAUUUGGAAAAACUAUAGAAGAUGAAAAUUUUCUAUGGAGCAAAUUUGGUAAACAUGUCUUAAAAAAUACAAAAGUUAUAGAUAAGUGGAAAGACGAAAAUGGAGAAGAUCGUGCUAUUGGCUAUGCUGGAAGAGAGCUUACACAUAAAAUAUUUGAAGACUGUGUUUUAGAGGGAAAAGAGGAUCAACCACGAACCUCACAAUUCCUCUGA